AUGAAGGACCUCGGGUCGGUGCUGCCCAGCAUGGCGGAUGAGAACGACCACUGGAUGAUCGAGUGGGUGGCCACGAAGCCCGAGUUCCGUCGCCGAGGCCUCGUCAACCGCCUCCUGCUCGAAGCUCUCGAGAUCGGCAAGCAGAGUGGGUACACUCGGGCACAGAUAUCGGCGGUGGUUGAGAACGUCGGGGCCGUGAGCGCCUACAAGAAGGUGGGCUUUGAGGAGUACAACACGGUCACGUCGCCGCUCCUGCGCAAGCACCUGCCCAUCAGCGGGGUGACGACACUGCGCAUGCAGCUGCUCCCAUGA